GAAGAAGGUACAAUUCAAGGAGAUGCUAAGCUUCUGAGGUCCCAUGGGGUCGAUUUGGAUCACAAUCGGUUUCUGAUAUUGCAGGGCGAAGUUGAGCAGAUUGCGAUGAUGAAGCCCAAGGGGCAAAACGAAAAUGAUACCGGAAUGCUGGAAUUCCUGGAAGAUAUAAUCGGCACGUUUCGCUAUAAGGAACCGCUGGAGAAGUUAGCGGAUAAAAUCGAGACGUUAACGGAACGUAGAGUGGAGAAGCUGCAUCGUCUCAGGGUUGUGCAAAAGGAGAAGGAGGCACUGGAGGAGCCUAUGCAGGACGCGGUGCAGUACCUGAAGAUGGAGAACGUGAUAAUCAGAUUGCAGCAUCAACUUUAUCAUUGUAAAAGAUCCGAAGCGGUGAAAGAACUUUCUGAGCAUGUGGCGAGGAAUGAUGUCCUGAACAAGGAACUGGAGGAGCUGAUGGACGACAUGAAGAGCAUCCGCGCGCAGAAGGAAGAGAAAACCAAGACGAUCAAGGAAAAGAUCAAGAAAUGGGACGCUCUACAACGGCAAAAGGACGAAGCUACGACAAAGUUUGACAAAGUGCGCAAGCGGGACGAGUCGCUGCACGCUGAAAUGGUCGAGACGAACAAACGGCGAAAGGCCAACAUGGCAUCCACCAAGACGGAGAAAAGCAAGUUGGAGGAACUGCUGAAAGUACCGGAGAAUAAUACGAAGGGCAUCGAGGAGUGCGAGCGUCUGAUCGAGACGCAUACGAAGAACAGGGAGAAAGAGGAGGCCUCCCUGGCGACCCUGAUGGCGGGACUGCGCGAGAAGACGGAGCCGCUGCUGAAUGAGCGAUCCGAGUUGGAGAAGGAACUGAUAACGCUCAGGAAGAACGUCGACCAGGCAAAAGCGGCGUACGAUAUCGCGCAAUCCGAAUUGGAGCUUUAUACGUCGGUAGAGAAGGUUGAGAAGGAGAAGUUGGAAGAUCUUCGGGGAUCUCUGGAGAAGACCGCGAGUACUCUCGAAGAGCGUCGGAAGCAGCUAUCUCUGUUCGAUACGAAGAUUCCGGUGACCAAGCGCAGCCUGAAGCAGGCACAGGGUGAGCUGGACGAGGUGAAGGCUCGCGAGGCCGAGAUGACCGGCCAGCUGAAGAAACUGCGGAUCACCUUUGAGGAACAGCGUUCUGCGAUGCAGGCCAGCAAGUCGCGCAACCGGAUUUUGGACUCGCUGAUGAGGGAGAAGCGAGAAGGACGGAUUCCCGGGAUUUUCGGAAGAUUGGGCGAUUUAGGUGCCAUCGACGCCAAGUAUGACGUGGCGGUGUCGACGGCGUGCGGCCCGCUGGAUAACAUCGUCGUGGACACCGUGGCUACAGCACAAACGUGCAUAACGUAUCUGCGGCAACAUGACAUAGGACGCGCCACAUUCAUACCGUUAGAGAAGCAACAGCGAUUCCUAUCCAAGUGCCGUCAGAAGAUUCAAACGCCGGAGAACGUGCAUCGGCUGUUCGAUCUGGUCAAGGUGGAGGAUGAGAGAGUGCUACCCGCGUUCUACUACGGUCUGCAAGAUACCUUGGUGGCUCAAGAUCUCGAUCAAGCGACGCGCAUCGCUUACGGUAGGACGCGUUAUCGCGUGGUGACGCAAAAAGGUGAACUGAUCGAGCUAUCGGGCACGAUGAGCGGCGGUGGGCGCACGGUACUGCGCGGUCGAAUGGGUCAGAAGGUAGUGAGGAACGAACCGUCGAGCGCCGACAUCGAGGAACUGCGGUCGCAGCUGGACAGCGUGUUCGAGGAGUGCAAUAAGCUUAGGACGAAGCAGCAGCCACUGGAGCAGCAAAUUCAUACGCUGUCGACCGCGCUGAAAGAUAUGACGGUAGACAAGAAUAAGUUCAGCAUCGAGGUGCAGACAUUGAGAGAACAAGAGCCGUCGCUGCGGGCGCAGUUCGAGGCGCAGGAGAAGAAGGUCGCGGAGUCGGUAUCUGAUCCGAGGGAGGUCGCACAGCUAGAAAAAGCGGUCGAGAAGGCGAAAUCGCACUUGGAUGAGGUCCAGACAAGCUCUGCUUCGGUGGAGAGAGCGGUCGAGCGUAUCAACAAGAAGAUAGACGACAUCUCCGGCAACCGGGUGCGGGACCAGCAGACGAAGAUCACGCAGCUGACGAAGUCGGUGGACAAGACCAAGGCGGAGAUCUGCCGUUUGCAAGUAGCCAUCAAGACCGCCGAGAGAAACGUCAAGAAGACGGAGAAGCAUAUAGAGACGCUGGAGAGCGACGUGCACGCUUGCGAGGAGAGGUUGAGGGAUAUUCAGAAAGAGAAAUCGGAGCUCGAAGAGCGCGCCAAAGUUAUUCUGAACGAACUGAAGGAGCUGAACGAGUCGCUUGCCGAGCGAGACGAUGUCGUGUCGUCCUUCAAGAACGAGUUAAACGCCUUGCAGACGCGCGAGGACAAGAUCAAGGCGACGAAGAUCGACCUGGAUCAGAAGCUUCACGAAAGUCGGAAAUUGCUGAAGGAGCUCCAGCAGAUGAUUCCCGAGUGCAAUCGGAAAAUAGCAGAGCUGAAGUUGCGCGCGGUUCCUCAGGAGACGCUGGAGCCGCUCCGGGAUCUAACCGAGGAGCAGGUCGAACAAUUGGACUCGAAGGUGGUGAUACUGAACUUGCAGAAGGCUAAGAAGAAGCUGCCUGAACUGGUGCCCAACAUGCAGAUCAUCGCGGACUACGAGGAGAAAGACGCGUUGUACAUACGUCGCGCCGCCGAUCUCGAGGAGGUGACGUUGACGCGCAACAAGAUGCGCGACAUCUUCGAGACGGCACGCCGGUGUCGGGUCCAGGAAUUCCUGCACGGCUUCAGUCUGAUCACCACGAAGCUCAAGGAGAUGUAUCAGAUGAUCACGCUGGGCGGCGACGCGGAACUGGAGUUGGUCGAUUCGCUGGAUCCGUUUAGCGAGGGCAUCGUCUUCAGCGUGCGCCCGCCCAAGAAAUCCUGGAAGAGUAUCGGUAAUCUCAGUGGCGGCGAAAAGACCUUGAGCUCGCUGGCGCUGGUCUUCGCUCUGCACCACUACAAGCCCACGCCGCUGUAUUUCAUGGACGAGAUCGACGCGGCACUGGACUUCAAGAACGUGUCGAUCGUCGGCAAUUACAUCAAGGAGCGCACAAAGAACGCACAGUUCAUCAUCAUCUCGCUACGCUCGAACAUGUUCGAGCUGGCCGACUACCUGGUGGGCAUUUACAAGACGUUCAAUUGCACCAAGAGCAUUACUCUCAAUCUGGGCCGCUACUACGAGAACAAUGAUAUCGCGCCGCCUACGCAAUGCACCUCCAAGAGCGCGUACGCGGCCUCGCAGAAGCCGCAGGCGUCGUCGCAGCGCAGUCAGGUGAGUUCGCGCAAGGAAAACACUGCGCCCGCAACGAACAACAAUAAUAAUAAAAAAGCGAAAGCGGCGUCAUUAAAUGGCGAAAAGCUGCCGUCGCCUGCGAGGAAUAACGCGAAGGAAAUUACGGAUGAAGAGCAGCCGGAAAUUGAUCGCUUAGGUCUUCCGGAUUUGGCGGUAUGCUCAACGCCACAGAAAACAUCAUCUCAGAGGCGCUCCAGCAGAAUAGCGAGGAAGAGCACAGAAGAAAAGAAAGAAGGCACGAACAAGGAACCGGUCACGAAGAAGCGAAAGUUGCUAUAACGACUGAAUGGCUUCGUGCUUCGAGACUCGCCGUUCUCGGAAAGUUUAGCACGCGCGAGCACGCAAUACCACGAAGCACGAUAAAUGAACUUGACGAUAAAUUAACAUAGCCAUUUUCUUUAAUAUCUAGCGUAAUGCGAUGUUUUGUAGUAAUUAAAUAAAACAAUUUUAUUUUUUGAAUGAAAUAGCUUUGCAAUUAGAUUGGAACAGAAGGCGAUGUCGAAUGUAACGAGAAGGGAUGACUCACGUGUAAAUACACUCGCACGUUUAACGUUCAUGACGCUAAGUGCAAUGCAGACGUCAUUGCAAAGUAACAAUAUUUUUUAUACAUUUGUACAUGCUAACGCUAACUAUUAAACACAGUUCUACAAUUCGCA